CAUUAUGAGUGUCUAUAUAUAUAUAUAUGUGCACACAGGAAACCUCGACCUGUCUCUCAGCUGGUUGCACAACAGGUUCCUCAGCAGUUUGUGCCCCCUACACAAUCAAAGAAAGAGAAAAAAGACAAAGUAGAAAAGGAAAAAAGUGAAAAGGAAACAACAAGCAAAAAGAACAGUCAUAAGAAAACCAGGCCAAGAUUGAAAAAUGUGGAUCGAAGUAGCGCUCAGCAUUUGGAAGUUACCGUUGGAGAUCUGACAGUCAUAAUUACAGACUUUAAGGAGAAAACUAAGUCACCACCUGCUUCCAGUGCUGCUUCUGCAGAUCAACACAGUCAGAGUGGUUCUAGCUCUGAUAACACAGAGAGGGGAAUGUCCAGGUCAUCCUCGCCCAGAGGAGAAGCGUCAUCACUGAAUGGGGAAUCUCAUUAAAGUUUAUUUCCUCCAGUUUCUUUAGUCUCUUCAAAACAUGCAAAUACAUAACUUCUGUCACCCGUUACCACAUUUUCAUGACAGAUUGUUCAUGCACAAUUGGUAUGUUGACUGGAACAUAAUUUAUGCAGUUUUAAAUAAGGAAAAAAAGUGCAGUGGUAGAAACAAUAAUUUAAACGCAAUCUACAAAUGCUUACGAAGCAUUUUCAGACCAACUUUUUAAUCUUCAUGUGUAAAGGUGCCAUGAAAAUGUGGUUUGAAUGUUUGUUAUGCAGUGUUAUUGGUAAGUCCAUUUUCACUUUUAGUUUAGUGAAUUCUAACACAACUCUUGGAGUCUUUACUAUUGGCAUGUACUGAAUUUAAAUUUUUAUAACAUAGUUCAAGUUGCCUAAAUAUGUAUUAUUUGAGAAUUGUGAAACAUAGUUAUAUGUAUGCAAGUCAAAGAUCAACUUAAUCAACUAUUGCUGCAACAGAAUUUUCAUAAUAAUUAUCUUAAAAACACCUGCUGGUACUUGGUGUGGUUAAAUAGGGAAAAUGUUAUUAAAUAAAACAUUUGUAUGAAUUUUUGCCAAUGUUUGACACAUUUUACUAGAUUACUGUUACUGAAUUAUGUUGAUGGGUUUACCAAUAUUUUUUUCACACUUUAAAACACUUAUUGUAAUGUUUACAAGCAAAAUAGAAAACACAUUCUAAGCAUUGAUUGGUUAACCUUACAAUUCAGGUAAAGUACAACAUUGUCACUGUACACUGGUAUUCUACGUUGUAUAACAAAUAUUGAACCUCAGAUGAUGAUGAAUUUGACAAAACCCAACAUUUGGAAAUAUGAAAGUUUGGAAAAGCUUUAAAAUUAACAGAAGUGCAGUUCUCAUUUCUGCUUAGUGCUAUUUCCUUGCCCCAAAUUUAUCUAGUGUCACAUAGUCACUUAUUUCAUUACAGGAAUAUCAGGUGUUGCACAAGAAUAAGGAAAUAACAAUACUAUUCAUUUUUUGUUCCUGAAUCAAUUUCUUUAAUAUUGAUUUGGCCUAUUAGAAUAUAUUAUGUCAUAAAUCAUAUGUAAAAACUCAGUACCCUACUUUAUGGCAUAAACUGUCAACAUUUAUGCACUUAGCAAUAUACUGAUGCAGAGCAGAACUAUUUACAAUCCCAUCUGGUAUUAUGUAAAAUUACCAAUAAAAUAUUUUUGUGAAUACAGAUUUUGCAUUUUUGUUUACAACCAAUAAGUGUUUUGAUACACGCAUACAAGCCAUGUAUAGAUUUUAAAUUACACAUUCAGGUUCAGUACAAGUGUUCAUUUAGCUCCUUUUAGUGAGGUAGUCUGCUUACUCCCAUGAUUCUUUUCUUUUUCAUUCAAAGUAAAUAUAUUUUUAAGCCCAUGUAAAAGUUGGAUAGAUCUUACUGGUAGUAAAUCCAGCCCCAAAUUAUUACCAACGUAUGAUAUGUCUCCUAACAGCUAAAGCAAUGGAUUUUUGUAGCCCCUGACAAUUGUGAUGUUUGGUGGUUUCUUGUAGUAAUGUAUUUUUCUGUUUUUAAUGCAGUACUUCUACAGCACAAUGGUACUGUUCUAUUUUGUAAGAUGCUAGUUGUGAAAUACAGUUAGUUGCAUAAAAUGGAAGUCUGAUGUGAUAUCUGAGAACAUACAUACCUCAUUCCUUGGUGUUGCUGUUUAAACUUUUUAGACAUCAAAUGUUAAUUAUAGGCUAUUUCAGAUGGGUAACUACUGACCUGUUUAUUCUGUAUUCUGCUUUAUCUUUCUAAAUAGGAUGUCUGUUCAUUGCCAUUACCUGGCCAAAUCUUAGUAUCUGUAAAACAA